AUGCAAAAGGUUUUCCAAAGAUGGGUAUCUAGAAUACCCCCAGUUAAGCUUCAAUAUAAGAAUAUGCUUAGAGACCCUUCAAAGAAAUACCCUCCACCAAAACAAAUCAACUUGCCCAAUAGAACUUGGCCCACCAAGGUGAUCACUAAAGCUCCUCGGUGGCUUUCUACCGAUUUAAGAGACGGUAACCAGUCCUUGCCAGAUCCAAUGUCAGUCCCAGAAAAAAAGGAGUAUUUCCACAAAUUAAUCGAUAUUGGAUUUAAAGAAAUCGAAGUUUCGUUCCCGUCAGCUUCCCAAACCGAUUUUGAUUUCACUCGAUACGCCGUUGAGAACGCCCCUGAUGAUGUAACUAUUCAAGUUUUGACCCAAUCUCGUGAACCAUUGAUUAGAAGAACUGUCGAAUCGGUAAAGGGAGCCAAACGUGCUACCAUUCAUACAUAUUUGGCAACUUCAGACGUAUUCCGUGAAGUCGUGUUCGGCAUGAGUAAACAGGACGCCAUUGAUAAAGCAAUUGAAACCACCAAGUUAGUGAGGUCAUUGACUAAAGAUGACCCUAAUAUGCAAGAUACGGAAUGGAAUUUAGAGUUUUCUCCAGAGUGUUUCUCCGACACUCCAGGGGAAUUUGCUGUUGAGAUUUGUGAAGCCGUUAAAAAAGUCUGGGAACCAACAGUCGAAAACCCCAUGAUCUUCAAUUUGCCUGCUACAGUUGAAGUUGCUAGUCCUAAUGUAUAUGCUGAUCAAAUUGAAUACUUUUGUCAGAACAUAACUGAGCGUGAAAAGAUCAUCGUUUCCACACACACCCAUAAUGACCGUGGUUGUGGUGUGGCUGCUACUGAAUUGGGGAUGUUGGCUGGUGCCGAUAGAGUUGAAGGAUGUGUGUUUGGAAACGGUGAGAGAACUGGUAAUGUUGAUUUAGUUACUGUGGCAUUGAACUUGUACACCCAAGGUAUUUCACCAAAUUUGGACUUUUCUGAUAUCGAGAGCAUUAUUGACGUCAGCGAACGUUGCAAUAAGAUCCCAGUGCCAGCAAGAUCGCCCUACGGUGGUUCCCUUGUGGUUUGUGCGUUUAGUGGAUCUCACCAAGACGCCAUCAAAAAAGGUUUCGCUAAACAAAAGGGGGACAGAUGGGCUAUCCCAUAUUUGCCAUUAGAUCCAAAAGAUAUUGGAAGAACUUAUGAGGCCGUGAUUAGAGUCAACUCCCAGUCAGGUAAAGGGGGUGCAGCCUGGGUCAUCCUUAGAUCUUUGGGAUUGGACUUACCAAGACACUUGCAAGUUGCAUUUUCGGGCUUGGUGCAAAACACUGCUGAUCUGUUGGGGAGAGAAUUGAAGGUCGAGGAAAUUGUAAACUUGUUUAACGAACAGUACUUGGUCAAUGCUCCUUUAAGCAUUCAGGAUUUUGAAAUCACCAAGAAUAAAAACGAUGAAAGAGAAAUUGUUGCUCAAUUAAAUAAUGGCAUUUCAAUCAAAGGUCAAGGAAAUGGGCCUAUCUCGGCCUUUAUUGAUGCCCUUUCUAACAAAUUCGGUGUUUUGUUUGAAGUCGUAAACUAUCAAGAACAUUCUUUGGGAGGUGGGUCUAGUAGUAAGGCUGCAACUUAUAUCGAAUUAUCAUACGUCAAUGCCAAUGGCGAAAAAGUCUCUAGAUGGGGCUGUGGUAUCAACCACGAUGUCUCACAAGCCUCUAUCGAAGCCAUUCUUAGUGUUGUGAACACUUUGAUCAAUAAAAAGGAAUUAAGUAUUUAG